AUGGGCGACCUGGACCCGUCUUUCGACGAGGCCACGAUCCAGCGCAUCUGGGCGCACCUGGGCAAGCGCGUCAGCGUCAAGCUCAUCCGCGCCAAGAAAAACCUGCUCAUCCCCUGCAGCACCAGCAGCACCUUCAGCGACACGCAGCCGCAGGCGCCCGCGCCUGAGGGCUCUGGCGCGCUGCGCGCGCCCGACGCCGACGGCGCUGGCCGCAAGAUCCACAUCAACGGCGUCUCCUUCAUCGACCCCAACACCACGCAGCUACACCACGCGGGCUACUGCUUCGUGGAGUUCGAGAGCCUCGCAGACGCCCAGUGGGCGCUCACGCUCAACUCGACACCGCUGCCAGACAUCACGUGCCCCGGCCCGGCGGCCGCAGACAUGGCCAGCCCCGCGGGCAGUCCCGCAGCUGGUCCCGAUGCCUCGUCGCCGCUCCGCACCAAUCCUACCGGACUGCGGAACUUCCGGCUGAACUGGGCCUCCGGAGCCACGUUGCUGAGUGCCAUACCGUCGACGCCAGAGUUCUCGCUCUUCGUGGGCGAUCUGUCGCCCACCGCUACAGAGGCGCAUCUGCUUUCGCUGUUCCAGAAAAAGUUCAAGAGCGUCAAGACCGUGCGUGUCAUGACUGACCCCAUCACGGGAGCCUCGCGCUGCUUCGGCUUCGUGCGCUUUGGCGAUGAGCAGGAGCGCCGCCGCGCGCUCGUGGAGAUGAACGGCGUGUGGUGCCAGGGCCGUAACUUGCGGGUCGCCUACGCGACGCCUCGCAACAACGUUAUGUGGCAGUUGACCCAGCCCCAGCAUCAACAGCGCCAGCCUCAGCAUCACCAGCACCAACACCAGCACCAACAACAACAACAACAACAACAACAACAACAACAACAGCUGCAUCACCAACAGCACCAGCAGCACCAGCAGCACCACCACAUCCAAAACCACCUUUCCCAGUACCAUCAGCACUACCAGUCCAUGUCGCAGAACAACUUCCAGUUGGCCUCCCCAGAAUAUACCCAGGCCCCUCUAUUAAUGAGAACUGCCUCGUCUCUGGUCGGCAAUAACUUGAUAAAUUUCCCUGCGACAGACUUCGUCUCGGGCUCUGACGCUCCGUAUAUGGGGGUGCCCUCGAUGCCACCUUCUCUAGCGCAUGCUUCCGCUGCGGCCUCUGGCGCAGCAUCUGCGCCUGCGCCUGGCAGGUCGCCGUUCACUAAUCCAAACAACACAACUGUGUUUAUCGGGGGGCUCACGUCGCACACAUCAGAGCGGCAGCUUCACUCGUUAUUCGCGCCCUUUGGCACCAUUAUAAAUGUCAAGAUACCGCCUGGAAAGGGGUGCGGCUUUGUAAAGUACGCCUACCGUAUUGACGCGGAAGCCGCAAUUCAGGGUAUGCAGGGUUUCAUAGUGGGCGGCAACCCAAUACGGCUGUCAUGGGGCAGAACUUCUACCGAUACUAGCAGACACCCUGCUAUGCAGGACAUGCCUUCCUCGCUACGAAACGUGGCUUCACAGCGCGGGCCUCAGGUUUGGAAUUCGGCGACAGCGCCAACGCCAACUACCGCUGUUUCCAUGUUUGCAUCUCCACACAUACAACGACAGGACUCAGUCACGCAGGCUGGCAGCGUUCCUCCUGUGCAUCCGUCGCUGUUGUGA